CCUAGAAAUCCCUUCACAAGCAGCUCUCCUGCUAGAGCCAAUUCCCAAUCACUUGACAUGUCCGACUACGGCGGUGAUGACGGCGGAGGAGACGUUGGUGACUACGAGUACGUCGAAGCCUCCACCUUGAGUGCACCUGGAUAGUCCAGAGACCCAAAUUCAAUGCGCGCAUGGGCGUCUUUCACUCUCCACUACGUACUGACACGUAUAUUUCCGCAUAGGGAAGCUCUCGAUGUCUAUGAAGACGACAACAUCGAACCUGAUAUAUACGAAGAAGAGGACGGGGAGAAGGAGGACGUAGGCGGCGGUGAGGACCCUGGUGGAAUAGAGCACAACGAGAAGAACAUCGUGGCGAUCGGCGACCCGGCUGCCGUCGUAGCAGCAAAGGAGCAGAAGAACACGGUCAAGAAUCUGAGGGAGAAGCGGGUGCCGAACGAGAAGCGCACGACUACACCAUACAUGACCAAAUACGAGCGCGCUCGAGUGCUGGGGACGCGCGCGUUGCAGAUCAGCGGAAACGCGCCGGUUCUUAUCGAUGUGGAAGGAAUGACGGAUCCGCUUCAAAUUGCUAUCAAAGAGCUUCGCGAGAAGAAGAUCCCCUUGGUGGUGCGGAGGUAUCUCCCGGAUGGCUGGUAUGAGGACUGGACAUGCGAGGAGCUGCUAUGAUACGUCGAAAUUAGUUGCAUCUAAGGAGUUUUGGGGGUUGACAAAAUAGGAUCAGGCGACGACCCUGGAGGCGUUUUGAAGCGGAGUACCAGAUUUCUGACUGGUGCAUUCUGUACAACUGAUAUCAAACUUAGCGAAUACUCACUCGUCUAUGUCAGAGCGAAAGAUUUCCCCUUGCAGACUCGACGUCGGGAAUUGUUGCUCCUUUUAGUGAACAUAGUAGGAAGUGGGGUAGGCAAAAGAUGCCCCGCAUAUGGAGACGUCAGUCGACACAACAGCUCCGUCACAACCUCGAGUUUCUCUUAACUGCUCAAUUGAACUCAACACAACCUCUCAC